AUGUCAACCAGUAGUAAUCAUUCACAGUUACAUGAUUUGGAGGAAAAGAAGUCACCUCAAACAAAUGUUAUUUCUAAACAAGAAGUUGAAGAAAAAGGCUAUAGAGUUAUCAAAUCAAAAGAUGCUGAUGCUACUUUAAAAUUCCAAGAACAAUAUGAUUCCACGGUUCCAGAAAUUACACCGGAACAAGAAGCUAAGCUAUCAAGAAAAGUUACAUGGAUUAUCAUGAGCUUGGUUUGUUUGGUCAAUUUGUUGCUAUAUAUGGAUAAAGCUACUUUAUCUUAUGCUUCUAUUUUUGAAUUCUGGGAUGAUACCGGAAUGGAUCAAAACAAAUACAACAAUGUUAACACUUUAUUUUAUGUUGGUUAUAUUGCAGGUCAAAUCCCAGGUAACUAUUUGCUGCAAAAGUUACCAAUUGGUAGAUUCUUAUUCAUUUUAACAUCUUUAUGGACAGUUAUAAUCUUUUUGCAUUGUGCCGCUUACAAUUAUUCUGGGGUUAUUGCUUUAAGAUUCUUUUUGGGUUUUGUUGAAAGUGUUGUUUUACCAUUAUUGAAUAUUACAAUGGGUCAAUUUUUAACUGCAAGUGAAAAAGCUUCAACUGCACCAAUUUUCUAUUCAACUUGUUUGGGUGUUACAAUUCCAACAGGGUUUAUCGCUUAUGGUGUUUUAUUUGCUAAAUCUUCAAUUCAUGCUUGGAGAAUCUUUAUGAUCAUUAUUGGAGGAUUAACCUUUUUAUUAACUGUACUUGUGUUUUGGAUUUAUCCAAAUAAUCCAUCAACUGCUAGAUUUUUAUCCACACAGGAAAAAAUUUGGGUUAUUAGAAGAGUUCAAAAUACAACAGGUGCUGCCAUUGAACAGAAAGUUUUCAAAAAAUAUCAAUUUAUCGAGGCCAUUAAAGAUCCUUUGACUUGGUUAUUUGGUUUAUUCUUCUUUUUGCAACAACUCGCUAAUAAUUUGCCAUAUCAACAAAAUUUGUUAUUUACAGGUAUGGGUGGUAUUUCAAAUUUGAACUCAACUUUAGUUAGUGUUGCAUCUGGUGGGUUCGCUGUUGUCUGCUGUUUAAUUGCAAGUUUCAUUUUAGCUAGAAAACAGAACAUUACAGCCUUUUCAGUUGUUUUCUGGUCAUUACCUUCAUUAGUUGGUUCAAUUGUUGCUGUUGCAUUACCUUGGUCUAAUAAAACUGGGUUAUUAGCUGCCUUAUGUCUUGCCUCACCAGUUUUUGGUAUUCCAUGGAUCUUGAUGUUUUCAUGGAAUUCAACUUCAUGUUCUGGUUAUACCAAAAAAAUCACAAGAAAUGCAAUUGUGAUGUUUUGGUAUAGUGUUUCAAAUAUCAUUAGUCCUCAAUUAUGGCAAGCACGCGAUGCUCCAAGAUACUAUGGUGCUUGGAUUGUUCAAAUCGUCUUAUCAUUUACUGCAGCACCAGCACUUGCUCUAAUUAUUUAUUAUGUUUUGAACAAACGUAAUAAAGAAAGAUUGAGUAAUUUGAGUGAAGAAAGAAAAGUUGGUGUUGUUGAAGAUAGUGAUGUUGAUUUUGUUGUUAAUGUUGCUUCAUUGGAUUUAACCGAUUUGGAGAACAAGGCAUUCAUUUAUCCAUUGUGA